UCUAUCCCUGUUGGUUGAUCUGUCUGGAUUUUGAGAAUCAUUUCGUCUCCAUCACAUACGAACACAACACGCAUCGUGUUAUUUUGAACCUUUCACGACUUACGACAUUGUACCUCACGUUCCUUUUCAACGAUUACGAGUCAGCCCGACAUAGAGACACCACACAUCCGGGAAGAAAAUCGCGCGACAGCAACGACUUGAUUUUGCUCUGUCACCUAAUCACAGUCAUAUACCAUCGAGAGAAAGGAAAUAGCCAUUAGAGUACUGCAACUAUGCGCAUCUUCUCCUCAUCACACGAGUUCGACUAUUCUUGGGACGAAGUCAGCACAGCCAACUGGCGUAAAUACUGUCCGUGGAACGACAAAUCAACCCACGUUAUCGCCGUCGACACUCUCUCACGGAAUGUCGAUCCUUCCACUGGCAUCCUACGCACCGAGAGACUCAUCACCUGCAAACAGUCCGCACCUCAGUGGCUGCGCAGCUUCCUCGGCAGCCAGGACACCAGCAUGGUCUACGAGGUCUCCUACGUCGACCCCCGCGCCCAGAAAGUCGUCAUGUGCAGUCAGAAUCUGACAUGGAGCGAGCUCAUCAGUGUACAAGAGACGGUCGUCUACAGACCUGCUCCCACACCCCGGCAUACGAUUUUCGAACAGCAGGCCAAGAUCGUCGCCCUCUGCGGCGGAUGGCAGAAGAUCAAGAGCACCAUUGAGGAGUUCACCGUCGAUCGCUUUGGGCAAAAUGCGGCAAAGGGAAGAGAAGGGUUCGAGCGAGUCUUGGCUAUCAGCCGGGAAGUGUUUGCCGAGGAGCGCCGCAGGCAACAGGCUGGCCGGAUGGCUGCCGCUGCUUGAGUCGGAUGAUAGAAGCAGGGGGAAUUCAAGGCUGUGAUCACUAAAAAGGAUGGUUUGGGAUUGAUUUUUGAAGGAAUCUGUUUUAUUGUGAAGAUUUGAAAGUUCAGCAUGGCGUUUCGGCGAAAGUUACAAAACUUUAUUUGCACAUAUUCGAGGCACAGCAAGGGAACAGGCUUCUGGGAAAAAGAGACGACAUAUAGAUUUGGCAUUCUGAUACCCGCGGACUGAUUGGCGCGUUCGCAUAGAUUCGAAAUUAGAUCUCUACUUCGUUUUUGGCAGUUAGUGAACAAGCUCUCGACUUCAACUUGGGUGUCAGAUGCUUACAACUACCGAGGUUGUCUGGAUCGAGGAUCUUGUACCAUAUCCAGAGUGCAUGUUGAUGACGGUAACAUUGUAGUAUCUCCUCGUCUCGAUCUUUGAGGUCUGACUCCACCGCAUAUUACGCCACUCGCUCCGGAAUGACCAAAUUGAACAGACGAUCGCUAGAGACUU